AUGGUUUCCAAGAGAGCACCAUCCAUCCGAACGAGCAUUCUUCUACUAACGCUAGCUCUGACUCGGUCCAGUCAUGCCCGCGUCCCGAAAUACAAGCCGAUCAGCCGUUCCUGCGGCGUCGCCUCUCCAUCGACCGAACUCCAAGAUUCCCAUCGCUGGCUCCAGCACAACGAAGCACUAGACAACGACCUAUGGAACGCCUCAAGCGUGCAGCAACGACAUAUUGAACAUCAUCAUCAUGGAUCCCAUCCCUUUGGCGAAUCCUUGUCGUCUUCCAAUGCGUCUGAAUCCGAUCGACGCCGACAAGCGCUUCCUUCUCCAUCUCCCCUCUACGUCGUCGACACAUACAUCCACAUCGUCGCCGACAGCUCCUCAGCCUCCGCCUCGUCCCCAAAAUACGUGACCGACACAAUGAUCAGCCAACAAUUCGCCUACCUCGCCCACGCCUACACCAACGCCUCCAUCGGCUACCGCCUGCUCGGCAUCUCGCGCUCGACCAACGACACCUGGGCCGCCAACGGCGACGACGCGGGCAUGAAACGCGCCCUGCGCCGCGGCACGUAUUCCUCGCUCAAUAUCUAUUAUCAGUCGCUGUUGCAGGCUGGGGCGAACACGCCGGGCAUUCCUGCUGGGUCGACGUUGUUGGGGUUCUGUAGUUUGCCGGCGGCUGGAGUCACUUCUGGAGGGACGACAGGAGGAGGAAGCAUCUCUGGAGGAUCAACAGGAGUGGGAAACACCACACCAGGAACAGGAACACCCACUCCUCCAAAUAGUAGAUAUAUUCUCGACGGAUGUAAUGUUCUGUCGGGAACCAUGCCGGGAGGGAACAUGGUCGGAUAUAAUCUGGGAGGCACGACUGCUCAUGAAGUCGGCCAUUGGAAUGGAUUGUUGCAUACGUUCAAUGGGAACAGUUGUGCGCAAGAUGAUUUUGGGGAUUAUGUGGCGGAUACGCCGCAGGAGAUGACGAGUACCAAUAGAUGUCCAGUCUACAAAGACAGUUGCCCGUCCUCUGGCGUCUCUUCGACCACUUAUAACGGCGGCCCAGGUCAGACAGGCGCCAACCCUUACGGACCACAGGGAUAUAGUGGUCCGGAUCCGAUCCACAAUUUCAUGGAUUAUAGCGACGAUGUGUGUUAUCAGGGGUUCACGCCGGGGCAGGGGGCUAGGAUGUUGAAUAUCUGGCAGAUUUAUCGGGAGGGGUUGUGA